AUGGUUUGGGAUCCACUGGAGUUUCUCAAGCAGCCGAUAACAUUACGCAAAUGCGUGUACUGGCACUUGGAUGGUCAAUUAACUCAAUUGAACCUUCCGUCUGCAUACCAGCUCUUUACGAAUACCUUCAUAGAGCAUCAGAACGCCAGCCGGAAGAGUAAGCAGCUUAAGAACCUCCGAAAGAGGCUUCAGCACUUUGCUGAGUUUUUCAGCUAUAUGCCAGCUUUUGUAAACUCGUGGCUCCAGUACGUUGCUUGCCUGAGGUACGAUUGCGUUGCCUUGGACUACAUGCGAAUCAACAGAGAAUUGGAGGGGACACUUUCGCCUUUGGAGUGGAUUGUCAUCGAUGGACAACCACAACUGGGCUUUUUUAGUCCAAGUGGAUUAUUACAGCUUUGGUAUUCAACAGAAACGUAUCGCGAACUGAUAGAUGAUGAGUUAAGACCGGCGACAGUGUUGAACACGGAGCAUUUGUACAAUAAUGAGCUACAAACGCUAAGCGGUCAAUUAGACAAUCAAGAAAUCAAAGACCUGGUACAAGGCGUACAUUUUUGCCAAGAUGAAGAAUCUGGUGUAAGCGACGAAAUUUUGAAGAUGAUAUCGAUCUUGGAGAGUUUAAAGAAUUUACAAGUUGUGAAAGUAACUGGGGACACAUUGUUUGAGCGCUUGAUUAAUUUCCACGGGUUUAGAGACCAUCCCGGCCAUACAGUCGGAUACAUGAUCAAAAAUAGAGUAUCAGAGCUUGAGAUCAAGGAAUGCACCGUAAUAGGUACCCUCGAUAGCAUUGCAGACCUUACGCGAUGGGAACGAGUCUUUAAAGUAACUUUCAGUCGCUUAGCACAGCUGGACUUGAAUCGAGCAGUUUUGCCGCCCGGAUGUAGAUGGCUGCGGCUGGACAAAAUUCGAAUGUUGAAGUGGUGGGAUCAAGAAGAAAUUAGGUCGUUACUGCAAAAUCAAUUAGAAUUACGAGAGCGUAUACAUUAUGAGGUUACGAAGCCAAAAACUUGGAUAGUGGAAAAUGCAACAAGCGCAGAAGUUGCUGUUGCGCACACUUGCAAAGCGCUGAUGUGGGAGACCAUGGGUCAUCUGAAUCGAAUGCAAUUGGUCGAGGUGGGUGAAAUCGAGCCAACACCAAUCCUACCGCGAUCCUUGUACGAAGACGGCCGGAUUGAAUGGUGUGGAUCCAAGCAAGAAACUUCCAUCAUUCUUUUAUAA